UGCGAUUGAUUGUUCGCCUUGGACAGCCUUUCGGUGCAUUCUUGCUAGCGCGGCAACGCAACAGAGAAUUCAAGAGGAUCGCGUCGGAUCAUGAUAUCAUUGCCCAGGUUAAAGACAUGACUUCUGUUGAUAACAUGAUGGACAUCAGGACACUAGAGAUACUGUAGCUGUAUGGAGU